AUGCAACCACUUGCGGACUUGAAAGUCAUUCGUUUUAACAACCUCCGCCUACAGUGCAAGAACCCUGGUACCGUUCUUAUAGUCCGCGCAAUUGGCCAGCCUUCACGACCAGAACCGCUUCUUCCCAUAUUGAAUGUCAUCGAAGACGAUACAGGCGAGGCUAUACAUAUCGAAGUGUACUUUCCAAUCACCAGUCCUCCAACAGACAUCCUUUCGUCUGGCAAUAUCCUUGCGAUCAAAACACCCCAAUUCGAGAUGGGCAGCUAUGGACCCGUGAUCAAAGUUGUUCAUCCUUCCGACAUCCUAGCCCUCGAAUCGAGUCACGAACUAGUCCAUGAAACCUUCGUGGAUCUGUCUGGAUUGUCUGUCAAGUCUGUCUGGGACUGGAAAGACGAAGCUGAGGCGGCUCUCGAGAAAAGAGAUUACAAGAAAACGAUCAACAGCUGCUCAAAUACCCUUGGACAGUCCUCUGAUCCAGAAGAUGCGGUCGAUCUUCUAGAAAUUUGCAAUGAGACUCGACGCUGGCUUCGUGAGGAGCGAGAUGGUGUUUACGACUUUGCUGCCAUGGCAAAGGAACAAAUCCCGAUCAAUCAUGCCAGCUUUACUAAUCUGACAGAGAUACGAACUUCGAGUGGCCGCGGACGUGGAUUGUUUGCUAAAGUCGAUAUCCCGCGUGGUGGCCUUGUUCUUUGUGAGAAGGCAUUCGGGUCUGCAGAGGUAGCCAAAACUGUAGAGACCACUAGAAACAAUGCUUACGCUGGAGACGACCGAGGUGCACAACUAUGGCUGGACCUUGUGCAGAAGGCAUGCACGAACUCUUGUCAUGCUCGGAGAUUGCUUGGCUUGUACGCAGGUCCAACAUACUCGACUCAAACCAAUGUACCGUUCGUGGACGGACGACUCGUCAUCAACGUCUACCAGAUAAAAGCAAUCAUGUCUUGCAACACUUUUGCUUACCAAACAUUAGAAGGCUCUGGGAACAGCCUCUUCAUCCAAGCAUCCCACGCGAACCAUUCAUGCAUUGACAACACGUACCGAAGCUUCACAGGAGAUAUGGUCGUAUUGCGCGCUGUGAACGAAAUUGCAGCAGGCACCGAGCUGACCACUUCAUAUUGGCCAGCUGGCCUGGAAGAGCCAAAUCGGCAUGAAGCUCUCUUUCAGAACUGGAAUUUUGUUUGUGAAUGCAAGAUUUGCGAGAGCGAACUACAAUGCGGGGAAGACUGGGAAGAAAUCUUCAAGAGGGUCAGAAAGCUAUUGAAGAAGAACUAUAGUAACAAGAAGGAGUACAUCACCAAGAUCGAAGAGCUCGUCAAGCGAUCCGAGAGCGUAUAUCCUUGUCAUUUGUUCAAGGAUCUACCUCGGAUAGCCAUGCAAGAUCUUCAGAGCAAGCUUCUGGAGCUCUGGGUCGACUUGAAUGACGGGGAGAAGAUUCGCGAGCAUGCAACUGCACUGCUUCGUGAGUACGGUUUUCGAAUCGAAAUCGCAGACAACAACCCAAGGGUCCAGCUCAAAGGUCCCAAUGGACUACUGCAUGCGCCGGUAGUAAAAGCACUCUACCAGCCUGGGCGUGUCUCAACCGACGAGGAUCGCAAGGAGUAUUUUGCACUGUCCAAGAACAUGUGGCUUACCAUGAAUGGUACGUCUGAAGGGUGGAAAGCGUUGGUAGCUUGA